AUGAUGCUACCACUAUACGCACUUUUGCUACUUCCCCUGGUGAACGCAUGGACCUUCCGCUUUACAAACGCAACGGAUGCUACUGAAAUUGCCCGUGGCCAAGAGGCACAGAACUGCACAAAAUCUCCCAUUGGUAAAGAAAAGCUCUUUACCUGGGAUCCUGAGGGAUCCGGUCUAUGUGUCUCGAUAUACCGUGACACCAAUUGCAUUUCCAGGGCGGGAUACGGGUGCGCAAUAUGGAGGAAGAAUGCCAGUGAACCCUUUGAAGCUUUCGAUGUCCUGUUUGAACGGGACAUUGAUGCCAAACACCAGACCUCUACGGUCGCUUCGACAUCGACCUCUACAUCGGUAACGACAUCAUCCACAUCUACAUCUUCAUCUGUAUCUUCGACGUCCGCAUCCGCAACUGCAACCCCCACCGAGUCCACCACAGCCUCUGCAGGCAAUUCUAACAGUGGCUCCUCCUCUAGCCCAUCACUCUCCGGCGGUGCUAUUGCAGGCAUUGUGGUUGGCGUCAUAGCUGCAGUCGCCAUCAUUGUCGCUUUCGUUGUUGUCUUCAUGAGAAAGAAGAAUAAAAAGAAUGCCGUGGUUGCUAACGAGCAUGGUGGGUACGGGCCCCAUGAGGCGGAUGCUACUGGAUCAUCAGUGAGCGGUACUACGGCGGUUGCGGAGAAGGCAUCAGACUCAGUUGCACGCCCAUUCAGACCUCCCCCUGGAUCUCAGGUUGUUGAGUUGGUUGGUGAUGAAGGGAGUGCCGAGCUGGGCAGCAGCCCAAUCAGUGAGAUGGAUGGGAAUAGCGCCAAGAGGAAUUUUAAUCGGUUCUAA